AUGGCGACUCGCGUCCUGAAAGCCAAAAUAUGGAUCAAUUCAAUCUGUAUGGGAGCCUUUUGGGUUCAUUUCGCUUUCGCUGUCUCGAAAGCGUCGAAUUUGAUGAAAAUCCUCACCGCGAAACAACUCACAGUUGUUGUUAUUUCGCUGCCGGGCUUGGUCUUCUUCAGCAUCAUGGCGUCGACGUGGACGUAUCUCAUCUUGCUAUUUGGGCUGUCUCAGCCUUCUCGAGCCCCCUCUGCAGCGGGGCAGCGGGGACAGGAGCAACGUUGUAACGACUACGUCGAAUUCUGGAAGAAUAAUCGAACUUGUAUUGGAUGGCUGGCGUGUAGCUUCCUGAUCCCUCGUGAAGCAACCGCGACUGCGACCGCCCAAGGCGCGCCAUCGGCACCCAAAAUACCCUCACAGGACACUGACGCAGCCCCAAAGUCCAAGGCAGGGGUCGAUUCGGAAGGAGUGCACGAGGCGCAGAGUUGA